ACCGGCUAAUCGGUUUUGUGAAAAAUAAAUAUGUUUGAAUUUCAGAAUAAUUAUCUGAAACUAUUUAUUUUUUUAGCAUUAUGUACAUUGUUAGAAACAACAGAAUUUGAUCCUCUUGGUUAUAUUUUGUACUGUCCUUGCAUGGGACGUUUUGGAAAUCAGGCAGAUCACUUUUUAGGAGCUUUAAGUUUUGCUCAUGGCUUAAAUAGGACCUUAGUUCUUCCCCCAUGGGUUGAAUACAGAUAUGGUGAAUCCAAAUCUAUCCAAGUGCCUUUUGAUACAUAUUUUAAAGUGGAUCCUUUGCAAAAAUUUCAUAAGGUAUUAACAAUGGAGAAUUUUAUGAAAAAUGUUGCUCCAUAUGAAUGGCCAGAAACAGGCAGAAUAUCAUUUUGUUAUAUGGCUAGAGGAGGAUCUGGCGAUAGCUGUAAUGCUAAAGAUGGAAAUCCAUUUGGACCAUUUUGGGAUACAUAUAAUGUAGAAUUUGUGACGUCGGAAUUUUAUGGACCAUUGCAUUAUGAUGUACACCAUCAUGACAUGAUUAAGCAGUGGAGAGAAAAAUAUCCACCAAAGAAAUGGCCGGUUUUAGCUUUUACAGGUGCCCCGGCAAGUUUUCCCGUUCAACAGGAAAAUCUUCCUCUGCAGAAAUAUUUGGAAUGGUCGGAUAAUAUCGAGAAAAAAGCUGAUAACUUCAUUAAAAAGGUUCUUCCGAAAGGUGCUUUUAUAGGUAUUCACUUACGUAAUGGAAUUGACUGGGUAAGAGCAUGUCAGCACAUUCCCGAAAGCCCUGGCCUUUUUGCAGCUCCUCAGUGUCUAGGUUAUAGAAAUGAAAAAGGUCCGGCGACUUCUGACAUGUGCUUACCAAGUCAAGAAAUGAUAAUUAGGCAGGUAAAAAGGGUUAUAAAAAACAUUAAUAAUUCUGUUAAUAAUAAUAAUGAUCGUACGAUUAAAUCACUAUUCGUAGCAGCUGAUAGCAAUCACAUGAUCGAUGAGCUUAAAUCUGGAUUGCAUAGAAUGAAGGUCAAAGUUUUCAAAUAUCCUGAAUCGGAUCCCCAUGUCGAUUUGGCUAUUUUGGGAAAAUCAAAUCAUUUUAUCGGAAACUGUAUAUCAUCGUUUAGUGCUUUUGUCAAACGCGAAAGAGAUGUGAAGGGGUUUACGUCUUCGUUUUGGGCGUUCCCAACACAAAAAAAUAGUAAAACGAGUGCUACUCACGAAGAGUUAUGAUAGCUUUGUACUGUUUAGGACAACUUCGACAUGAAGUGUAUAUUAACAAAAGAGUUAUAAUUUUAUAAUUAAAUUUUUUUAUUGCAUUCAAACUAUGGUGGUACGGGGGUUGCAACCCCGAUGAUGGGGUUGAUUAAGUUGAAACACUAAUAACCGGAAUAUAUUUAUUUAAGUUACCAUGUACGACCGUAACUAGUUGGUGUAAGGGAUGGGUAACGUUUAUGCUCAAACCACGUCGGUUUCUGAAUAAUGAAUAAUAUCUUUCUUUACUUUCUACGUAUCUAUAAAUAAAUCCCAAUUGUUUGUUAUGUUGACCAUACUUGAAUGUGACCGUGAAUUACUAAUAGCAGUAUAAUUGCUGACUUCGGUGUUUUCAAAAUGCGUGGCCUAGAUUACAAAACCAAUGUCACCCAUUUACGAAAUCCAAACAAUGCAUGUAAAUAAUAAUAUUUGCUUAAUACUUUUAAAAAUUAAAUCGAUAUGGAUUAACUCGAAAACAUAAUUUUGGAUUCCGGCAAUUAAAUUUUUUUGACAAGAAGCUGAUGACAUGUAGAGUAUGAAUAAUUCCAAUGAAUAAUCUCUUCUAAAGUUAUGUAAACCUAAGUUAAACAUUGUUUGUAUGAAUUUAUAAACAUUUUUUGCCUUAAAAACUAAAACUACAGUCUGUGUGAUAUAGAUAGGUCGGAUGGCAGUAGACAUUUUAGCCUACGAACUUCAUUGGCAUCGCGCACGUUUAGUUUAGACAGCUAACCGAUUUGGGUGCACUGACACUCUUUCACUAUAGUUGACACUAAACUGAUCUAUGGUUUCUUCAGCCAUUGAUUAAUAACUACAUAGAUACCUCACCUUUACGUAAAACCGAAUUCAGUGUUAAACUCCGCCCGCUUACACCUCUUUGCCCCUCAAGUCUAAGUACUAACUGGCUGGACGGUGGCGACAUUUAUUGAAAUUUUUGCCAAGAUUGAAAAAUAAAUUUGAGUUGCUUGGCUGGCGUAAUAGACAACGAUAUAAGGGUAGUAUUCAGCAUUUUAACAAAUAAUUUUAACGCGAUUGUAAUCUCUAUUUUGGAAUUCCGAUUUUAUUUCAGAUAAAACGCUAAAAAUUGAUUAAUAAAAAUAGUGAAGAGGUUUCUUAAAAAUUAUUUAAUUAUUAAUACACUACAAAAAAAAAAACAACAAAAUAGAAAAUACAUAAUAAAAUUAGCAGUGAUAAUUCACAUGUAAAUUAUUUUUUGCAAUUUGUAAAAGAAUGAUAUUUUCAGAACUAAUGCGAAAUAAACUAUUUGAAGUUGAUAUACAAAAUUUCUUUCCAGAUCUAAUCCAUUCACACCAGGUAAAAUAUUGCAAUACCUCCGAAUUUUAAAGAAUCCAUUGGAUUGGCAUGAAAUUUGGUAUACAUAUAUCUUGAUAAAAUGACAGGGAAUUUCCAACAUAUAAAUAGUUGGGGGCCAUCUGCCUAGGAACAAUAGGUAAAAGCUGAUAAACGGACAGGAUUAGAAAGUUUAAAACAUCAGUAAUUAGAUCAUAUUUCAAAACAAAGUAAAUAAGUAUAUUUGAAUGUUAAUUCUUUUCAAACUAAGAUAGAAAAUUAAAAUUUUAGGAAAAAAAGAUAUUUAUUAUUUCUUGUUCUCAAGAAGUACUUUCAUUAUUGACAAUAUCGAAACAUUUUAUUAUUAAAAGUCGAGAACAAUUAAAAACCACGUUCAUAUUUAUAUGAAAGUGCUUUAAAAAUGAAGGUAUAUUACUCUUGCAUGCAAGUUUUUAUCAAUAAUACAUUUUUCCCUAAACUGAAUAAAAAAGUUUCCAUAUGAUUCCAAGGUUUUAAGACAUACUGAUAUUGUUUUCCGGAUAUUAUAAAAUACUUGUUAAUAUCUACUGUAGAUAUAAACUAAAGCUAAUAGUGUAGUUUAACAUUCAGUUUAGUCCACGAUUAUUUACCCGUGCGUCAUUAAUACCUGACGAGAUAAAACACAUACUUUUGAUCUAGCAUCAUUCUCUUCCACGCAUGAAACUAAAGACAAACCAGCUACCGCCUGUUAUUAAGUAAAAACACAUGUUUUUUUAUGAACGCACUAGACUAACUCUAUUGCGCACAAUAGAGAAAAAAUUUUCUAGAGGAUUUUGGUGCAGAAAAGAUGUUAAAAGAUAUGACACAUUAUAUUAUUUUUGAAGUUCCUCCCACAAACAUAAAACUGACAAAAUGGUCCACUGAAAGCCGUGUAGACAGUGAAUAUUAUUUCUCUCUUUCUGAUUUUCAAAAACUUUAUUUUUUUUUUAAAUAUUCUAAACCUGCUUUUAAGUUUUCAGUUGACUUGCUUAAAGUUGACAUUGGCUUUCUAUUUGGAUUACUAUUACUACAAUAUUUGCUGUUAAGACCAUCAAAAAUAUUAUUUAUAAUUUUCAAAAAUUCGGCAGUAAGAGAAGCCGUUUUGGUGAGUAACUGCCCUACAGAUAUUGCUGUGGAUAUUGCUGAGGCAAUUGAGUUGGAAAAAAUUUGUGCUGCUAAUUUUACACGCAUUUUUUGAAAAUUAUUAGGGUUUAUAUGAACGUUUGUUAUUUUCACCAUGCAUCGUGCUCUCACACUGGUUCUAUCGAUGUAGUAUGUGUAUUCAAUAUCUUGCCACGAUAUUUGUUUAGAAUCGGCAAAAAACGUCAACUUUUUGUUAAGAAAAUUAUUUCUUAGACUUUUUAAUAAGUGGGGUGUAUCGAACACAUUGUGAAAAUCCUCUGAUUUCCUAUUUCUAUUGCAGGCUGAUCCUUACAUGCGCCUAACAGCUUAAAUAAAGCUCUAUUAUUAGAUGCUUGAUCACACAACACUUUUGGUAUAUACCCAAUAUUUUGUAAUUUUGAAACAACUUCAACUACAAUGUUUUUUUAAGUUGCCGCUAUGUAUUGGACCACCUGUAGCAAGCCGCGUAGCCUUAUGUAGCAAGCCGCGCAUCAUGAAAACCAGACCUGUGUUGGCAAGUUUGUUUGUUCUUCCUAAAGCACCUAAAUCUUGAAACCUUUUUUUACAAAAGCUUAUAGUUUUUGAGUAAUACGUGAAAAACAGCUUUAAAACAUGCAUUUUUUUAAGAAAAAAUAAAAUCUUUGAUAUUUAAUAACUCAAAAAGUAUUGAUUUAUGUUAAUAACUUUAUAUAACACAUUUUUCUUAGAAGUUGCCCCUCUAUCGAUUUCUGGUAUUAUUUUUAAUAACAAAAUUUCACCCCCGAGAAGGGGUGGCAACCACCCCCAGGGUAAAAGCGCAAGUUAACAUCAUGUCACCUUUGUUCCUUGAAGUAUUUUCUAACUACUUACCAAUUUUCAUGAAAAUCGAUGAAGGUUCAACGAAAUCGGAGGUGAAAACCUUCAGUGACUUCACUAUGUGUAAUUUUAAUUAAAGCAAAACAAGCAUCUCCGUUAUUUCUGGAGUGAUACUAACAACGCAUUCAUAUUUAAAAAAAAAAUCUCUUUUGAUUUAAUUGUAUAAAAUAUAUAAAUCACUCAAUAUCAACUGAUUUUAUAUAAAAUAUAUUUUAAUAGUGUUAUUCUCAUUGACAAAGCGCAUUAGGUAAACAUAAAAAUAUUUCCAAAGUUGAGUACUCACCUAAAUCAGUUGCUAACUGUGCAAAUUUUAGAGGAACAUCAUUUUUCCUUAAUAACUUUCUUUGGCCACUUUGGUAAGUAUGUUCCACUGCAUAAUGAUGCUGGCAAAUUACCCUCUGUUUCGGGUCACUGAUAUCCAUCAAUAUAAUAGCAAUAUCUCCGCAGUUUUUUUGCCAAAUUUUUGUGCGCUCUACGUCUUUCAGGGAAAAUUUAAAGAAAGAUAUAUUAUUAUUUGUUCCAUCGUUUCUUUCAAAACAUCCCGCGUAAACACACUUAUGCGUUACAGAAGCUAUUUUAUCUAAAAUGUGAGUCCUUUUUUUAAAUUUUGCUAUAACUUGUCACAACACUUGUCACAGAUAAUACACCUAUAGGGUAAGUUCGGCCCUGACACUACUCCUACCUCCUUGCAAGUCAGAGAGAGAAUGAGAAAUCUCGAUACGGUUUUCGAGUAGCGCCAUCUAGUUGUUGAUACGUCUUUCGGUUACCAAGAGGUGAGCUAUCUAGUGGAAUAUUUAUAAUCAAUGCUUCAGCCCAACUGAUAGCGUAUGCAGACGAUAUUGCACUGGUUACUAGAGAUUUUUAUAACCAUGCAGAAUAUAAUAUUAAUACUAGAUAAAGAAGCAAAGAAGAGAGGGCUAUACUAAACGGCAAAACCUACUGGAACUACCAAAAAUUCUUGAAAAAAAAGCACAUUAGUACGACAACCAAAUUAAAAAUUUGCAAGACUGCAAUCAGGCCAGUGAUCACAUAUGGUGCAGAGACGAUGUGCCUAACACAAAAAGAUGAAAUGAGGUUAGAAAUCUUAGAGAGAAAGAUAGUUCGACGAAUAAUGGGACCGGUGAGGAUAAGUGUAGGCGAAUUUAGAAGAUUAACCAAUGAAGAAAUUAAAGAAGUCAUCCAGGGGGAAGACAUAGCAAGUUCGUGAAGGCGCAAAGGCUCAGGUGGCUGGGACACACAGAAAGAGCUAACCCAGACUCUAUGCUAAAGCGAAUAACUGGCUGGAGACCAACAGCAAAGAGACCAAAGGGAAGACCCAAAACAAGAUGGAGAGAUCAAGUCUUAGGAGACAUAAAGAAGCUGAGAAUCUACAAUUGAAAGGAGCGCUGUAAGGACCGGAAAGAAUGGAGGAAAAUUGUAGACAGGGCCAAGUCACACACGCUGCUAUAAGAAUAAAAGACAACAGCGGACUGAUUCUCCGCAAUACAUGAAUCAGUGAACCCAAAAGGGCGGCAAACACUCCGUCAGGAGUAAAUAAGCCAUAGUGAUGAUGAUGAUGGUUUCUUUAAUGAAUUCUAAAGGGAUACCGGAUGAUUUCAUUACUGACGUAGUAGGUAGCAUCAACAAAAGCUCGCAGUAAUUUAUUUUGGAACCCCUGCAAGAUGGAUACGUUGGAGUUGCUAGCAGCUCCCCACAGCUGGAUGCCGUAGGUCCACACAGGUUUCAAGUUCAAGAUUGUUUUGUAUAAUAAUAUUUUGUUGUUUAAUGGGAGUUUUGAUUUGCGACCGAGUAGGCAAUACAAAACGCUAAUAGAAAAUGACCUGAAUAAUCAGACCUGGUAAUCAGAAUUCAACAAAUGAAAACAAUACAGAAAUAUGGAACACGUUUAAAGAUCUUACCUGGAAAGUAAUGGAAAAAUAUACAACAACCAUGCAGAGGCACAAAAAACAACAAGGGAUGACUGAUGAAAUCCUGGAAUUGAUGGAGCAGAAAAGAAAACUGAAAGAUAACAAGACAGAAUACAAAGAAAAACAGAAACUAAUUAAACAAAGAAUAAAGGUAGCUAAAGAAAAAUGGAUGGAGGAUAAUUGCAAGGAAUUAGAAAAAUUGAAUGAAAAACAUGAUACGUUUAAUACGUUUAAAAAAGUUAGAGAAGUAGCUGGUCUUUAUCAUAAGAAAACUCCACACACUAUAAUCGAUUCGUCGGGAAAAAUAAUAAUAGACGAACAAGAAAUUCGAACUACCUGGUAUAAUUAUAUAAAUGAACUGUAUAAUGAUGAUAGACCCGAAGAACUGGAGACUUUAGAUGAAGGUGAAGGACCAGAAAUAUUAAAAUCAGAAAUACUACAUGCUAUAAAAUUGGCAAAAAACAAGAAAGCCGUUGGUUCUGUCUGACAAGAUACCUACAGAAAUGUUAAAGCUCAUAAAUGAGGAAAACAUUGGGAUACUAUUCCAGUAUGCUACUGAAAUACCAUUUAUUGACUAUGAGAAGGCCUUUGAUCGAGUACAACAUCACAGAUUAAUUAAAAUAUUUAAGGAUAAAGGAGUUGAUAGUCAAGAUGUACGAAUCAUAAAAAAAUUAUACUGGCGUCAAACAGCGACAGCUUGCAUAAAUGGAAAAUCAACAGAAAUAUGCAAAAUACAAAGAGGUGUCAGACAAGGUUUUAUACUGUCCGUACUGUUAUUCAAUUUAUAUUCAGAUAUAAUAUUUAAGGAAGCGCUGCAUAAUUUGGAAUGGGGUGUGAAAGUUAAUGGCAUUCUGAUAAAUACAUUCAGAUAUGCAGACGAUACAGUUAUUUUAAGUGAUGAUAUGAAUGGAUUGCAACACCUUUUAAAUGCCAUUGACACAGUGGGAAGAGAGUUUGGCCUAAACAUAAACUGUUCAAAAACAAAAUACAUGGUAUUUAGCCGUUUGACCCAUCAAGAUUCACGGUUAUAUGUUGAUGGUCAUAUAAUUCAAAGAGUACCCAGUUUUAAAUAUGUUGGUUGCCAUAGUACUGAACAACUAGAUCCAGAUACAGUGAUAAAAUGUAGAAUCGAGAUAGCCCGCACGACAUUUUUAAAAAUGAGGUCAUUCUUCUGUAAUGAUAACUUGCAACUUCAAUUUCGAAAGCGUAUGAUUAAAUGUUACAUUUGGUCAGUCCUCUUGUACGAUGUCAAAGCAUGGACAUUAAAAAUAUCCACCAUUAAUCGUUUGGAAGCCUUUGAAAUGUGGCUGCACAGACGUACACUGAAAAUACCAUGGACGGCUAUGCUGACAAAUGUGGCAGUCCUUAAGAGAGCAAAUACUGCCCACGAGCUGCUCGAUAACAUCAAAUAUAGAAAGAUGGCCUAUUUUGGACACGUAGUAAGGGGAGACCGGUAUAAUAUUCUUCAACUUAUUAUGAUGGGUAAAAUCGAAGGACGCAGAGGAAUUUGUAGAAAGCAGACCUCUUGGUUGAUGUAUAUCAAGGAGUGGACAGGAAUAAAGAAAGCAGAACAACUAUUUAGAAUAGCUCGAGACAGAGAUAGUUUCGCCAUGUUAAUCGCCAACGUCAAGGUGACUUGAUGGGGCACGUUAAGAAGAAGAGGCAAUACAUGUUUCUUAGAGGCAAAGUUGCUUGCGCUUAGUGAAUAAGUAUUUUGUCCAAGUCAGUCGUCGAUCCAGGUGCAUGCCGAUGUAUUUGGCGUUAUCAGAUUGUGGAAGUUUUUUUUUUUUUUUCUCUGAUUUUGCCCUUGGUUUAGAACUAGAACCUUUAGCCACGUAAUUGUAUAACUUAUCACUAAGUCAGGGGAGUAAUGUGUAGUGUGUGUGUUGAGUAAGUGUCUUGUUACUUUGCAAAGUCGACGUCAUUGUCUUUGCAAAGAGACGCUAAUUGUAUCCGAACGUCUGCGGUUAAUUGUGGAAGUUAACAAUUAACAAAUUGAACAGGUGGGCAAGUGCUCAUCUGUCAGGUAUGAUUUUAGAAGUUGAAAGUGGGGAUAGGGCAGUAGCUUCUUGCAAUCCUUCAUGCUACACCUUGUUGAAAGCCAGAAAUUAAAUAAAAUUGCAAAAUCAUUCUCUAGUCUUCUCCCAGGAUUGAAAUGUUUAGACUUUGUGAUUCUCUCUGGAUCUACUUCAAUCUGUUGGUACAAUUUAUGACCGAUCAAUCUUACAACUGACUUUCGCUGUGAUGAUAGUCGAUGUCUUGGUGGUAAGGCAUUUGAUCGUGUUGAUAACCAAAUUCUCCUUAAUAAAUUGGCAUCCAUAGAUUUUCAUGUCCAUUAUGUUGAGUGGGUUAAAAACUUUUUAUCUGGUCGUACCCAACGAGUUACAGUGGGUGGUCUUUUUUCUGAUGUUAUUACUGUAAGUUCUGGUAUUCCACAGGGUGGGCAUACGUCUCCCCUGUUUUUUGACUUAUUUGUUAAUGAUAUCGUUAUAUAGUAAAUGUUUAAUGUUGGCUGAUGAUGUAAAAUUUUGGCGAGUUGUGAAUGAUAUUGAGGAUCAGAAACUUUUACAGGCUGAUAUGGAUCGCUUAUUUGAUUGGUGCAUUUGCAAUAAUCUUCAGUUAUGUGUUGAGAAGUGUUGUUAUAUUAGUUUUUCCCGUAAGUUAAACAGAAUUGAUACUGCUUAUCACAUAGACAGUAAACAUCUUAGAUAUGUCUCGUCUGUUAGAGAUCUAGGUGUUAUCAUGGAUGAAAAGCUCUCAUUUGUCGAACAUAUCAAUUCAUUAUCCGUAAAAGCUUCUAAAUUACUUGGAUUUGUUAAAAGAAACUCUAAAUACUUCUGUAUUGAUGCUGUUAGGUUGAUCUAUUGUUCUCUAGUCAGAUCUAUAUUAGAAUAUUGUUCGGUAGUUUGGUCUCCGUACCAUCAAAUUCAUAUUGACACUAUUGAAAAAGUCCAACAUAAGUUCCUAAAAUACUGUGCUUAUAAAACUCAGACUUAUAUUGAGAACCAUGAUUACACUGGGAUUGAGCAACGUUUAUCAUUAGCUCCCCUUAGUGUUAGGCGUGAUAUUUCGGGAGGUGUCUUUGUUUUCAAAAUCAUUAAUGGACUUAUUGAUUGUCCCAGUUUGUUGGAUAGUAUAAGAUUUAAUGUUCCAUAUCCAGGUUUACGCUACAAUGUUACCUUUAAUACGGCCUUUCACAAAACAUCCUACGGUAGUAACAUGCCUUUAGAUAGAUAUAUGUGCUUCCUUAACGGUUUUCAUAUGGAUCUGUUUAAUAUAAGCCUGGGCCAACUGAGGAGAUCUCUUCCCAUGUGAUAAUUAGGUUUCAUCUUGCAAUGUUGUUGUAUUUUUAUACAUCUUUAGCUGUGGAACAGUUUCUAUGGCUGUUAUGUAAGUAGAUACCGUUUACUAAAGAAAUUUUGUAUUAUGUCUUUUGAUCGCAUACUAUCUUAGCAGGACUCCAUCGACCCUUGACUAGUUAAGGAUUGAUGGUAGUAUAUAUAUCAAAUUAUAUACCAAGCACUUUUCAUCAGAUUGGUCGCUCCCAAUGAUAUAAUGUCUCAUUUUACAUGAUAUGGACUGUUGAGUUCAAUACUAAACAGUUGCUUGGCUUUAUUGUAUGUGAUUGAAACCAAGACAAAGUUGUUUUUUCAUGUUUUAUAUAUAUGUGUACAUGUCUCUCGUUUUGUGUUUUUUAGCUUGUAGUUUGUAUAGAGAAGACUUUUUGUACUGGGCCUGAUGAUGAGUCAUAUAUUGUAAGACUCGAAACCGGUUGCCCCAUGAUUACAUAACAACUAAUAAAAAAUACAAACUAAAGAUUGCGAGUAUUGACUCAAUUACCAUAUCCAAUUGUAUAAUGGACUCGCAUUGGCAACCCUUUCAUCAUUUGUUGUAUUUUAUUAUUGUAUUUAUGUUUUGUAUAAUUUUAUUGAUUUGUUUCAGUUACAUGUGUACAUUUUAUAUUUUAUUUUUCUAACUGUUAUGUUUUGAAUAUCUUGCCUGGUGAUUUUUCAAGCCUUUGCUUUUCUUAUUUUUACUUUUUAUAUUUUAAUGAAUGAUUGUACCUCAUUUUUUAUUGUAUUUAUUGUAUUUUUACUGUUAAUGGGGUUUUCCCGUGGGUAAAUAAAUUCGUCACACAGGGUAAGACCUGAUAUAUUUAUACGACGAUAAAAACAUAUUUAUUGGGACCGUUACAAGUUUACAACUGUUAAAUUCAAUAUAAAUAUAUAGCAAACAAUGAAGAAUGAGGUAAAAACAAAUGUACUCUCAAUCAUUUAUUGUAACUUCCGACGACCGGUUUCGCUCUCUACAGUAUGCAGAGCAUCUUCAGGUUAGCGGUUACAAGUCACUAAAUGCUACAAAUAAAAACCAGAGUUAGAACAAUGUCUGGUUGUAAAAGAUACUAAAGAUCCAUAAGAUCAAGCCAAUAUUGAACAACAUACAUAAAAGUAGUUAAGACAGAAGACAAAUACAUAUGCAUGUACACUCGGGGACGUCAACAAACGUGCCCAAGCUGAUAAACACAUGCAGAUGUAUGUCGUCUGUAAUCAUGCAAUGAUAACGUGUCGUACUUACAUUCGGCUACAAGGAGCUACGUCCUAAGUAUUCAUUAACAUGAUAUCUUGCUUAAGUUAUGCUAACGGGAUAUGGUGGAAUAGACAGAGGAUCUUGUAAAGGUUAACAAGUUUAUGGAAAUUCUUGAGGGUGGUGAGAUAAUUGGUGAAAGACAACCAACAAAUCUGUGCCUGUUAUUUUGUUUGUGAAGUAGACUAAAGUGAAUGUCAUAUAUACAAUUUUAAUAUAUGAUGGUUUUAAAGAAUUUUUAUUUAUAUUUAUUAAAAGAUUUUUAUUUAUAUUUAUUAAAAUACUUCUGUUUAUUAAUGUAUGUGUUGGUGUAAGGCUGACAACGUUUGGAUCAAAACGGGUUGAUAUCUAAUAUAUAUGUUUGUUCUGGACGUGCAAUUGUAACCCAAAUUAUUAAGGUCAAUACUCUUGGAUGUUCUAAUGAGAGACGUAGUGGUCGCACAAAAGAUGAAAUAGUCGGAAAGCUUAAAAAUUGUAGCUAAAUGAUUGUAUUAGCAGUUAUAUAAUAAAACAGUAAUAAAAUGUGAAUUGAUAGACAACAAUCUAGGUACAUGAAACUGAGAUAUAAAAUAAAAGGGAGAAAGUAGAAAGGAAAAAUUAAAAAUAGAAAGGAAUUAAUAUUCAGUUGAAAGUUAAUUGACUGUAGAUUGAGACUAUGUUUUGAUGAUUUAAGCAGUGAAGAAAUUUUAAUAAACUGUUGAAUCAGAUAAAAGAAAAGGAAAUCAUAAAAAUGGGGUACCUACAUUGUGUUGAAUUCGUCAAUAAAUAAGUAAAAUCCACAUUAAAAAAAUACAACAAAUCCCACAGGACACAAAGACGAGACAACAAAUAAUGUGGGAAGUGAAACUAGGUCAGGAGCAAUAAAUGCAGUGCUAUUUCUCCGCUAGCACUGCAACAAAUGCAGUGCUAUUUCUCUAGCGGAUUUUUCCGCUAUUCGCGCACGAUCGUCUCUCGUAUCCCCUCCAAGUACUUGCACACAGCGAAUAGUAGUAGUAGUAUUAUUGUAAUUACUAAUCUCUUCAGUAUGCUAAAUAUUUAUACUAGCAACCGUUAGGAAAGGACUCAACAUCCAUUCCAUCCUAAUACCGAAUAGAGUCAAAAACUAGGCUUACUUCUAAGCCAAAAGUUAAAGCAAAGAGCUAUAUCUAAACUUAUAUUUGCUAAAUACUAAUUUUGUAAAGAAUAUACAGUAUAUAAAGAGUUUAUGAACAAUUAUAUACGGGAACAUAGAUAUUAUUAUAGUUAUUUUUUUUAUUAUAUCUUAUAGGAUUUAUGAUUAUUUUGUUAACAUACACUUUGAAUGCACAUUUAAAAAUACAUAUACGAACAACAAUGGCACUUAUUUUAUAGUGGCAACUAUUAUAGACUGACAUGCAUUCAAACAAACACUGAGGCAAGAACAAUAAAAUUGUAUAAAUCGUUUUUUUUUUUAUAAGAUUUGACACAGUUUAAUAAUUCGAAUAAUAUUAUGUAGUAUCGAAUAGAAAAAUGUUGUUUUUCUACUUAUUCUUCAAUAGAAGUAAUUUUUUUAUUCCUUAGCAGCAUUUUAAGUGUUGUUUUGGUCUUUCGGUAUUAAAAAGUUAUUCCUUGCAUAAGAAAUUUUGGUAUUUCCUGUGGAAAGGAAUAGCUAUUUGUAUAACAAGGGAGGAAAAGGCACUUUACUCCCAUGUUAUACAUAUGGUUUUUCCACCUUCCUCAAAUUAAUAACAAGUCAUUUUUCAUUUUUACAUAAUUUAUUUAUGUAACUAACCAACAAAAUUUAUUAAAACCAUAGAUAUAUAAUACUCUAGAUUGCGCCCUGCGAUCUUAAAAUGGGUGACGGUUGCGACAGAGAUAAAUGAGCCUAUUUGGUCGGUAGUCUCUUUUUAAUUUAAGGGGAAUAUCGACGACGUGACUAUCCCACUUUAUCGAGUAAUAUGUAUUGACAGUUGGAGUGGGUGGUGACGAGAAAUGGUCUUUGGUCUUCGGACGUGGAUAAUCGUGGUUCGAAUCCCAUACCAACUUUACCUUUUUUAUUAUUAUUUAAUCAAUAUUGCUUUUAUUAGAUAUUUUUACAUCUGAAAAAUGGACCUAAGUAAAUCUAGCAGAUAAUAAAUGUACCUAUGUAUAGUAAGUUAAUAUUGGAAUACAUAAUUUGUGAACUGCAUAGUAAAAUAAAAGUCAUUCGUUAUUAAUAUAAAUUCGUCCUUAUUCGAAUGAUGUGAAUAAUAUUUGUUUUGCUUCUACUUUUUUAAAAAAUUGUAACAAUAGUUUCAUAAAUAAAAAUAAUGUCUAAUUACUUAUAAUUGAAUCGGUCAUUUCAAAAACAGCAAAGUCCACAAUUUUGAGAAACUAACUUUUUGAGAGGAAUAGACUCCUUUAAGAUAAACGUUGUGUGCAAAAACGACACCAGUCCAGUAAAAACAUUAGGAACAAAACUACAAUAUAACUCUGAAUUUUGAUGUCAUCCAUUUCAUCCAUCUUUCGACUAUAUAGUUAAGUUUUCUUUGCUCUUCUGUAAAAUUAGGAAUAUGUGACUCGUGUUGUUUUUGAAAUGACCGAUUCAAUUAAUAAAUCGAUGGUACAUUAUGUUGAUAUUAAUUAUUGGUAAUUUUUUACGAAUAUUUUUAAUUACUUUAUACUAUGCUACCAUUAACUUAUUAAAAAAAAUAACAUUGGCUUUUAUAUUUUUAAAAAUCUAUAGGUACCUACACAGUUUUUCUUAUUUGUUAUAUAUUUCUUUGCAUAGAUUUAUUUUAGAGAUGUAAUAAUAUCUAAUAAACGCAAUAUUGAUUAAAUAAAAAAAGUAAAGAUUGGUAUGGGAUUCGAACCAGGAUUAUCCACGUCCGAAGACAAACAACCAGUUCUCGUCGCCAUCCGCUCGAACUGUCAAACCAUCUAAAAUACUCGAUGACAGAGUAGGAUAGUGACGUCGUCGAUACUCCCCUUGAAUUAGAAAGAGACUACCGACCAAAUAGGCUCAUUUGUCUCUGUCGCAACCGUCACCCAUUUUAAGAUCGUAAGGCGCAAUCUAGAGUAUUAUAAAUCUAUGAUUAAAACUAAAACUAACAAGUAGGUACAAUAUAACUGUCAACUGUCAAAUAUAAAUCAAAUUAUUAAUGUAAACAUUGUUAAAUCAAAAUAACAAUUUACUGUUUUUUAAAAUUCUGCAAAAUACUGGGUGUUUUAUUAAUAAACGUUAAAAUGUAUAGAUACUUACGUAAUAGAAAAUAGAUAUUGUACAGGGCGUCAAUAAGUUAUAUUUCAUGAAUGACGUCACUUUUACUUUUACCCUAGGGAGGAAAAUAUUUUUCCUCCCUAGGGAGGAAAAGUACAACUUUGCUCCCUACAAUCAGGUCCGGAAAAGUAUACUUUCGGUAGAGGUAGGUGGAAAAAGUUAUUCCUUGCGUAAGAAAUUUUGGUAUUUCUUGUGGAAAAGAAACUAUGAUUAAUGCAUUUUUCUAAGUACAUAUUUGUGAGCAAUCCCCAGGUUGUUUCCAGCUAUUUUUAUUUAUUAUAUACAAUUUAACAUAGAUGUACAGAAAUUAUAUAUUAUUGGAUCAUUUUAAAUUUUAUUGAGGUUUUUGGAAGGAAUACAUCACUUCAAAAAUUUGAUUUAGGCAACACACAACGCAUUUUAACGUAUUGGUAGUUAUCGCAUAGUCGUUACCAAGUUAAGCUAAUAUUUGAUAUUAUUUAUUGAUAUAGUUAAUAAGUUGUUAUUACAAUUAUUGUUUAUCAAAGUUUCGUUUUUUACACUGUAUUUUUAUAGAUAUAAAUAAAUAUCACGCAAA